UGGAUCCAUUCAGCCGCAGCCGCCCCGGCGGAGCGCGUCCCGCAGCCGGCUCGUCCCUCCCGCGGCCCCGGCGCUCCCCGCAACCCGCCCGCCCGGUGCGCAGCUCGCCAUGGCGGCCACCGACCUGGAACGCAUCUCGAACGCAGAGCCUGAGCCCCGGAACCUGUCCCUGGGUGGCCAUGUGGGCUUCGACAGCCUCCCUGACCAGCUGGUCAGCAAGUCAGUCACUCAGGGCUUCAGCUUCAACAUUCUCUGUGUGGGGGAAACUGGGAUUGGCAAGUCCACGCUGAUGAACACGCUCUUCAACACGACCUUUGAGACGGAAGAAGCCAGUCACCAUGAAGAGUGUGUACGCCUGCGGCCUCAGACCUAUGACCUCCAAGAGAGUAACGUUCAUCUCAAACUGACCAUCGUGGAUGCUGUGGGCUUUGGGGAUCAGAUCAAUAAGGAUGACAGUUACAGGCCCAUAGUUGAUUACAUCGACACGCAGUUUGAAAACUAUCUACAGGAGGAGUUGAAGAUUCGCCGUUCCCUCUUUGACUACCAUGACACGAGGAUCCACGUUUGCCUCUACUUUAUCACACCCACCGGGCACUCCCUGAAGUCCCUGGAUCUGGUGACCAUGAAGAAGCUAGAUAGCAAGGUGAACAUAAUCCCCAUCAUUGCCAAGGCCGACACCAUCUCCAAGAGCGAGCUCCACAAGUUCAAGAUCAAGAUCAUGGGUGAGCUGGUCAGCAAUGGAGUCCAGAUCUACCAGUUUCCCACCGACGACGAGGCUGUCGCCGAGAUUAAUGCGGUCAUGAACGCACACUUGCCUUUUGCCGUGGUGGGCAGCACAGAGGAGGUGAAGGUGGGGAACAAGCUGGUUCGAGCACGACAGUACCCCUGGGGCGUGGUGCAGGUGGAGAACGAGAACCACUGUGACUUCGUGAAGUUGCGGGAGAUGUUGAUCCGGGUGAACAUGGAGGACCUGCGUGAGCAGACCCACAGUCGGCACUACGAGCUCUACCGGCGCUGCAAGUUGGAGGAGAUGGGCUUCCAGGACAGUGAUGGUGACAGCCAGCCCUUCAGCCUCCAAGAGACGUACGAGGCAAAGAGGAAGGAGUUCCUGAGCGAGCUACAGAGGAAGGAGGAAGAGAUGAGGCAGAUGUUUGUCAACAAAGUGAAGGAGACAGAGCUUGAAUUGAAGGAGAAGGAACGGGAGCUCCAUGAGAAGUUUGAGCACCUGAAGCGGAUCCACCAGGAGGAGAAGCGCAAGGUAGAGGAGAAGCGCAGGGAGCUGGAAGAGGAGACCAACGCCUUCAACUGCCGGAAGGCAGCCAUGGAGGCCCUGCAGUCACAGGCCUUACAUGCCACCUCACAGCAGCCUCUGAGGAAAGACAAGGACAAGAAGAAUUAAAGCACGCACAGACUUACAUGUCAAGAGCGGACUUUAGGCUUUCAUGGGUUAAACUGCUUGAGUUACACCUUGUGACCCUUCUCCCAUAACAUGGUGUGAGGACGGACUGGGAGCCCGUACAGACUCCAGUGUUUACAGCCUUGCCUUGUCCCUCCCUGAUGGCCUCAGGCUGCCUGGGCCUGACCAGCUACCCUUCUCUAUGCAAAUGCGUCAAAGCCAUGAAUGCUGGAAUUCAAAACUGACAAGGUUUAUUUUUUCCAGAGUCGGUGGCUGGUCUUCCAUUUACAGUGUCACUAUUCCUUGACGGAGCAGCUAUGUGCCGCUCUGGUGAUGGCCCCAGCCAGUGAUGCUAGGCCUCAUUACUCUUCGUCAAGCCGGCGACUCAUGUGGUGCCCUAGGCCUGCCCUGCGGUCUGGUAGAUACAUGCUGCAGAAUUCGCCUGGUUCCUCUUUGUUUUAAUUUUUCUAACCUAGAGCUUAAUUUCAAUAACUUUUUCAACAGUUUUAAAUUUUUAUUUUGGCACCAGUUCUAAAGACAAAUAAUAACCUAUCUCUCCCAUUAUUUUCAUAAGUAACACAGAUUUCCCUGAUUUUUGUUUUUUAAACUAAAGAGAUCUCUAAACCUUCUUACAUUGAGAGCACCCCUCUAGUACACAGGGAGAGGUGGGGAAUAAAGUUCCUAUUCUGCCAGUGUUUGGGACUUCUUUAUGGACAGAAGUGGACCCCGAACGAGACCACGCCCGGCGUUUUUACUGUGAAUGUAAAUGGAACAACAGCCCCAGAUCCUAGAGGUGCUGCCUGUGACAGGGACCAAUUGCAUGUGUGUUCAGUGUUUGACUCCAAACAGCCACCUACACCCAGCCAGUGUGCUCAGGGGAGAAGGCUGUCCGUCAAGGUCAUUGUUACUUCUUUCCUGACUGAGUCACAGGGCAGGGAAAUAAAGGUGUCUGAAGCAUUAGGACAAUCUGAGAGAGAAGGAAAGAGAGAAGAAAGACAAAACAGUAGAGACUAAGACUGUCCCCUCCAGCUAUACUUCCCAGGUAGACACUUUUAAGAAAAUGGCUGCCAGGUGUGAUGGUGCAGUCCUGUAGUGCCAGCGCUUGGGAGGUAGGAAGCCAGAGGCCGGCCUCAAUUACACAGUGAGGCAGAGGCCAGCUUGGGCUAUUUGAGACCCUGUCUCAAAAACAAAGUGAGAACAGGAAAAGUACUAGCAGCCUUUUUUUUUCUCUGCUCCUGGUAGUUGGCAAGCCUCAGAGUCGAAACUGGGGUUAAAGACUAGUGUCCUUAGUGUUGGCCCAGCUCCAGCCUGGGCUCUGGGCUCCCUGAGAAGAUACACUUCAUUCUGAGAACCAGAGGGGGCCACACUGGUCCGUGCUGCAUUCAGUUUUUGACCCUCAUCUCCUUCUCCACCACCAUUUCCCCCUUUCUGCCAGGCCUGCUUCACUUCUCCCAGGACCAGUCUGACUCCUUCCUGUCCUUCUGAUAUGGUGGUUCAUUCAGAGUGAGCUGGAGGGGAAGGUGGUUGUGAGUUCCCUGAGGCACAACUCCCCAAAGGCCUGUGGCAUCUGUGAGAGGUGACUCACAGCAGGGGAAUAAGGUCUGUUGAUGCUCUGAGGAAAAAUUCCCCAUGACCAGGCUGGAUUCUGGCUGCAUAAAAGACAGAGUUGCAGGCUCAUGGUCCAUGCAGAGAACUCCGAAGCCAGCAAAUUCUACCACCAUCCCCUGCAGCUCACCAAACAUGGGCGUAUUGGAAGGCUGUUAUGCUCAGUGCCCACCUUUGGCCUAAAGCUUGCCCGCAUCCCCGGGAAACCUGACUGGAAUUUUCUAGGAUCUAAGUUCCCUCCAUGGAUCCCUCAGUUGUGGCAAGCUCUACCCCUGUGUGGAAUUUUGUUACCUUUAUUUAGCUGAGGUUAAAUUAAUCUUUGUCAUGCAAGACAAACGAGAGGCUUGCCCCUUGAGGGAUGUGACCCCAUGCGCAGCUGGGAUUUACGCCCGUUUCUCCAGUCAUCUGUUGGCUUCAGGAGGACUGCCAUUGGACCCCAUUGACAUUUACUGUUAUGUGUCUUCCCUCAGUCAUUUUGUUUUGUGGUAGAAUCACCAUGUAAGUUGUGGUCUAAACCCGUACUUUUGAUGUUGAUAAUCCUGUCAGCUACUUAGGCACUGAGGGGGCUGAGGUAGGAGAACCAGAAGUUCAAGGCCAUAGUAAGUCACUUAACAAAACCCCAUGUCAAAAUUAAAAAAAAAAAAAAUGCCAGACACGUGACUCAUGGCUAGCAAAUGUAUUUAGCGUGAUUGGGGACCAGGUUCUCUCCCCAGCACUAAGAAAACAAGUCAACAGCCAUCAAGCAGAUAUAUCCCAGGCCAACCAGGCUGUGUGUUCUCCCUUGCACUGGGUGGCGUGAAUUAUGGCACCGUGUGACUGUGCAGACUGACCCUGCAUAUGUUUGUGUGUUUGUACGUUUGUGUGGACUCCCCUUGUCUGGGGCUCACACUGGGUAAGAGGCCCAGGAAAGCCAGCUUGCUUGUCUGUUACGUUCCCAUGCAUGUCUAAAACCACUCCAGCUGUCCAUCCGUUUACGCCUCCAUCCACGGACUUGUUUCUGUUCCUUUCCAUCCACUUUGUACUCAUUUGUUUUCAUUAAAUUUUGCAUUUAUUUUGA